GUGCAAUCAUUUUACUUGUGUGGUUGGUUCACUGAAUAGUCAUUCAACAUUACUAGUUUCUGACUAUCUCUGUCAGUCAUUCCGCUUCGUUACCUAUUGUUGCUUUUCCCCCCCAGUUCCCUCCUCCUGGUAUCUCGAGUUGAUCGGGUGUCGACUGACCUGCUCUAUAUUAUAAUCUUAUCGACAGCAACCUCACAUUAAAUUUGUAGUAAUGGACGGUUUUGAUAUGCUUAGUACACCACAAUCUGCGGCUGGAAAUGGGACGGAAGAAGACCCUGCUGCCGCAUUCUUGGCCCAGCAGGAAAGCGAGAUUGCGGGGAUUGAGAACGACGAAGGAUUCAGCAUCCUGGACAGCGGAGAGGUUCCUUCGUCGCUAAACAACAAUCUGACAGGCGACCUACACGAUGCUGUUGAUGGUGCUGUUAAUGGAGACAUUCAUGAGAGCAACGGCCCGUCUGAUGCAUACUCCGCCAUCUCCAGCGCCGACCGUCUCCAGGCCGAGCCAGAGAGCCUGCGCAAAUGGAGAGAGGAGCAGAGGGAGAGGCUGGAGGUCCUCGACGCUAACUCUCGUAAGCAGGAGUCUGAGUGGAAGGAGAAGGCCAAGGUGGAGCUGGAGGAGUGGCACACCAGACAGAAUGAGCAGCUGGAGAAGACUAAAGCCAACAACAGGGUGCUGGAUGAAGAUUUCUACAAACAGCCCUUCUCUGACCUGAUUGGUUAUGUCACACACAUUAACCAUCCUUGCUACCGCCUAGACCAAGCGGCCGAGGAGGCCAUGGUGUCGGACAUGGAUGAGAACAACCCGGGCACCGAGUGGGAGCGCGUGGCGCGCCUCUGCGACUUCAACCCCAAGUCAAGCAAGCAGGCCAAAGACGUCUCCCGCAUGCGCUCUGUCCUCAUCUCCCUCAAGCAGGCCCCUCUGGUCCGCUGAACCUCAUCGUCUCAGUCCGCCCCCAGCCCCGCCCCGCCCCGUCCCAACACUUACCGUUUGCUGUUUGCAGAUGUGACAGGGGUGGAGGGAGCGUCCGAGGUUCACUUCGACCAUCACCUCGCAGAUCUGUAAACAUCCAGGGGGGAGGGGAGUGAAUUUGGAUGGCUGGAUCCCUACCCUACCCUUAACCUUUCUGGACCCAGAACCACACUACGACCGACCUCUCAUAGGCCAGUGUAUCAUUCCCACCAGUGUGACCCAUGGCCAGCAUUGUAAUGGUUUGAUGAUAUCGUUCUUUCAUGUCCCUUUCUGUCAUUAAACAACAAAAAUAUACAGAUUUAUUGUUUCUAUUCUUUUAAGGACCAAAUUCCAUUUAAGUGUGAUGUUGAAAACCAUUUUAAAGCCGGCUUGUUGCAUUUAUUGUGACUUUUCAAUCUAUGCAUUUUCCCUUUUGAAUCUUCCCUGGAAAUCCAAGUACGGUAAAUAUAUGUGACCUAUUUGUGUAAACAUUGUUGUACUCUAUGCGUGUACCUAUGUACAUAAUACAGAAUACAGCCAAUAUAUAUAAAUAUACAAAAUGUUGAAGUCAAACACUAGAAUUAUGUGGUUUGAAUAUUAGCUGUAGCCCAAUGUUGCUUUGUGUGUGCAUUGUCCAUCAAUUUCAGUAUCAGUAAAACGUGAAAACUUUC